AUGGCGGGUUCAAGGAAGCUAACUACGGCUUAUCCUUACUAUUCUCCUCCACCACCAUCACCACCACCGCCAACAAAAGCAUGUCCACCACCACCACCUCCGCCUUCACCUCCUCCACCAACGCCUGCAUGUCCUCCACCACCACCACCUCCGGUUCCAUGCCCUCCUCCACCACCACCUCCGGUCCUGCCAUGCCCUCCUCCCCCGAAACAUGGACAUGGGAAGACACCACCGUCUCCGACCCCUGAGACACCGGCUUACCCUCCUAAAGCUGCACCAACAAAACACUCCCACCCGCCACAUGGUCCAGCUUACCCUCCUAAAUCAUCACCACCAAAACCCUCCCACCCACCACAUGGUCCAGCUUACCCACCGAAGGGUCCUAAGCCACCAACACCAAGCGGACCAGCUAGUCCACCCAAAGGGUCGAAACCACCAACCCCGGGUGGACCGGCUAGUCCACCAAAAGGACCAAAACCACCAACUCCCGGCGGACCUGCUAGUCCACCCAAAGGAUCAAAACCACCGACCCCUGGCGGACCAGCUAGUCCACCAAAAGUUCCAAAACCACCAACGCCAGGUGGUCCGGCGUAUCCACCAAAACCAGCAACGCCUGGUGGACCUGGAAAACCACCGAAGCCAAGUACUCCGGGAAGCUGGCCUCCUGAAGGACAACCUCCUCUACCUUCAUAUCCACCAGUACCACCUCCACAGCCUUUCAGUGCUGUCCCCCCGUCCGGCAACAUCCUAACACCACCAACACCGUCAGGCGGUGGUGGCGGAAAAGACCACACUGUCGUCAUUGCACUGCUCCAUAUGGUCAUGGCGGCGGAGAGGGACAUGGGCAUGGUCACGAAGGAGGUGCCGGCGGCGGCGGAGGUGGUGGUGAACACUCAAGCUACGGGCAGCACUAGCGUUCAACUAUACCUUAAGAACCGCAUAAAAUACAAGUGGCCAGCGGAACUUGUAUUCUACGUAUUAAAUAUUGUACGUUACAUGGAAUCAUAUGCUGGAAGACCAAUUAAUGGUGGCGGUGGUGGUGGAAACCCUAGAUUAAUGGUCGGAUCUGUUCAUCUCCGCGAUAGUGGUGGUCUACCGAGUGGUGGUGGUGGUGAUGGUGUCCACAAUGAGAAAGAGGGUGGGUUGGGGUGUGACUUAGGAUUUCAGUUUCAAGAGGCGGUGGCGUUGGGUUUGACAGCAGGAGUUAGUGGUGAUGGACAACUAAGUUGUUGGUGUCGAUUAGGGAGAGAUGGGUGUGGGGUGGUGGUGGUGGUCCGACAGGUGGUGGUAUCCGGCAAGUGGCGGUGGUCCGACAAGCUUGCCAAAAUUAUGUCUGGGAUGGAGAAGAGGCAACAUGUAUCGUACAUGAUUACUACUCUAUUUAAGGAUUUGCCUCGAACAUUUCCAGGUCAUCCUGUUUUGAAUGAUGAUUGGAGAAAUGCUUUGAGACGUUUACUCACUGCUUAUGCUAGACAUUACCCCUCUAUUGGCUAUUGUCAGGAGACAAGUGUUGAUUUGAGUUACUCAAGUUUUGAGUGCAUUGGCAUUUGUUGCAGGCUUCUUGACAAUAACAACCUAUCAGGCUAUCUUCCUCUUGAGAAUCAGUGA